GAGAGCGUGCCCGUGUGUGCGCGUGACGGAGAGGAGAGGGUUGCCGUUUCUCUGGGUGACGUCACAACUUUUCCUGAAAGUCAAAACAACCGUUGGCUGCGGUAACGGCAGCCUGCGUCGCUUCUGGGAAAUUUCGUUUGAUGUGGCUUUAACCGAUCACUUCUACACCGUUUACAGGCGACGGUUGGCCGGGGCUGGACGGUUUAGCUUAGCCUUACGUUUUGUUUGCCGAUCAGCCUAGCUUAACGUCACUUAGCCCUCUGAGAAGGGAGGAAAAACAUAACCUGAGCGGUUUAUGCCCAGCAGGUGCACGGGAAUCCCACCGCACCUGCCGCUACAGGCUGAGUCACUGCUGGUGAAGAGGAAGGUCUGGAGAGGGAACGAGUGAGGAGGAGGAGGAGGUGGAGGAGGAGGGGGAGAAGAAGAAGGGAAGGAGGCAGGGAGAUAAGCCACAACAGGAAGCAAAACGACACGCAAAACACACACACACUGCGUGUUUGUGUGUGUGUCUGAGAGAGAGACUGCGCGAGUGAGCGAGCGAACGAGAGGGUGAACGGGAAAGGAAGGGAGGGAGAGUGACGCGGAGGCUGGGAGAGCCGGCCCCCCCUCUCCUCCUCUCCCUCUCUUUCUCUCCUCUCCUCCUCUCCUCUCCUCCCCUCCUCCCUCUCUCUCUCUGUGGAGCAGGCGUGUAGCGGCAUCAGACUCGGCGUGAAGGAACCAUGAGCGAUGUCACCAUCGUUAGAGAGGGAUGGCUCCAGAAACGGGGUGAAUACAUAAAGAAUUGGCGACCACGAUACUUCCUGCUGAAGACAGACGGCUCUUUCAUCGGUUACAAAGAGAAACCUCAGGAUGCAGACCUGCCCUAUCCGCUAAAUAACUUCUCUGUAGCAAAAUGUCAACUGAUGAAAACAGAGAGGCCAAAACCAAACACCUUCAUCAUACGCUGCCUACAGUGGACAACUGUCAUCGAGAGGACCUUCCACGUGGACACUCCUGAUGAAAGAGAUGAGUGGACAGAGGCCAUCCAGAUGGUGGCCGAUAAACUGCAGAGACAAGAAGAAGAAAGGAUCCAGUGCAGCCCCACCUCAAACAUCGACAAUAUGGUAGAGGAAGAGAUGGACAUCUCCACCACACACCACAAACGCAAGACAAUGAGUGACUUCGACUACCUGAAGCUGCUAGGGAAGGGAACCUUUGGUAAAGUGAUUCUGGUCCGAGAGAAGGCCAGUGGGAAAUACUACGCCAUGAAAAUUCUUAAAAAAGAAGUCAUAAUAGCCAAGGAUGAAGUGGCACACACACUCACAGAGAGCAGAGUACUGAAAAACACCAGACAUCCCUUUCUCACUUCGCUGAAGUAUUCAUUCCAGACUAAAGACCGCCUCUGUUUCGUAAUGGAGUAUGUAAACGGAGGAGAGCUGUUUUUCCAUUUGUCCAGAGAGCGAGUGUUCUCAGAGGAACGCACGCGCUUCUACGGCGCCGAGAUCGUCUCCGCUCUCGACUACCUGCAUUCAGCCAAGAUUGUGUACCGGGACCUCAAGUUAGAGAACCUGAUGCUUGAUAAAGACGGCCACAUCAAGAUCACUGAUUUUGGCCUCUGCAAGGAGGGCAUCACAGACGCUGCUACGAUGAAAACCUUCUGCGGCACGCCAGAGUAUCUCGCUCCCGAGGUCCUGGAGGAUAAUGACUACGGCCGGGCGGUGGACUGGUGGGGUUUGGGCGUGGUGACAUAUGAAAUGAUGUGCGGCCGACUGCCCUUUUAUAACCAAGACCACGAGAAGCUGUUUGAGCUCAUCCUCAUGGAAGACAUCAAGUUUCCCCGCACUUUGUCAGCCGACGCCAAGUCUCUGCUGUCCGGCCUGCUCAUAAAAGACCCCAACAAACGGCUCGGUGGAGGACCAGAUGAUGCUAAAGAAAUAAUGAGACACAGUUUCUUCAUUGGAAUUGACUGGCAGGAUGUCUACGAUAAAAAGCUGGUCCCUCCCUUCAAGCCUCAGGUGACGUCAGAGACAGACACCAGAUACUUCGACGAGGAGUUCACAGCCCAGACCAUCACAAUAACUCCCCCCGAAAAAUUCGAUGAGGAUGGAAUGGACUGUUUGGACAACGAGAGACGACCGCAUUUCCCACAGUUCUCCUACUCGGCCAGUGGGCGGGAAUGACCUGGCUGCCGUCGCUGCUGGUCUCUGGGGUGGUCAAUGUGGGACUAAAUGCUCCACAGUUCAGAUCCAGUCUGACUGGAAGGAUUUGACCUUUCACCCCCCCACGCCCCCACUCUUCUUCCUCUCCCUUUCACCUCUCCUCUCUCUCUAUUGUUUGUAUUUUUCACAUUCUUGUGAAUCCCGUUCUAGAGAGAUGUGUUGUGACCGGUACAAACGUCUCGGUAAAUGUCUCCUCUGAUCCUGCACUGUGACUCCUCUGAUCCCCGAUAUCAGUUGCAGUGUAAUGUCCCUUUAAUGAAGGGAGCAUCGACGGUGACCUGCUGUGUUUUGACAUGUGAGGCUCCUGUCAAACCUGUAUCUAAAAACCAAACAUCAUGUUAGUAAUCAGAAGCAUUUUAAAGACAAUGUUUGUGACUUCUUCUCUUUACAGUGGUGAUAUAGCAAAUUAAGACCCAAACUGCCGUUACUGGUUGUAUCUCAGGCUUUUGCAAACAGACCGAUACGCAGACUUAGACGCUCAUACACGUCUGAUUUCUGUCCUCACAUUAAUAAUUCUGGGAUCGACUGAGGCUCUGAGAAAACCGUUGAAAACUCAACAAUGAGCAGAAUCUCAUCCACCUCAUAGUGUAGACAGACUCGAGCAGGAUUUGACUCAGGUUUUGCUCAGUGCAAUUCAUUAUAUAGUUGCUGCUACUUCAACUACUACUCCAACUACUACAGGUACUACAACUACUCCUACUUCUACUGCUACUACUAAAACCCGGUGCUACACUACAGGCUCACAGCUGCAGGUCAUUAUACAGGCGCCAGCAAAACAGUGUCCAUGCUCGGACAGCUAUGCUAUUACUCCUAAUGUACAGCUAUUACACAUCAGCUCUUUAGAUUAAGACGAAAACAUGUUAUUACCGUGUGUGUGUGUGUGUGUGUGUGUGUGUGUUUGCGCGUGUGUGUGAUAAUGUUAUGAAUUUGAGAUCAGGAACACAUCUCAACACACAGCAGGUCGGGAAGCUGAUGCUUCCAAAUCAUUAGCUUUACAACAUUACCCAAAAUGCAGUGCAGUACUCAAUGCAGAGGUGAAGAUGAGAGGAAAACAGUUCGCUUGAUUGUACGCCCAAAGUUUUUUCUCUUCUUUUCUUUUCUUCUUCUUUUUUUUUUUUUUUUUUUUUUAAUUUUUUUUUAAGUCCCUCUGAGUCUAAAUCCUUAUCCCAAAAGGGAAAACAAAACAUGAAACGGUACUUUGUGUCCAUGUUGGAAAGCUUUACUGUGACAUAUUGUUAUCAUGGCUUGGGAACCACACGACUGUACCUCUCUGUGUUUGUGCAGGGGAAAUCCAAAGUUGGAGAUUUGACACUGGCUGAGAUGAGAGAGUACAGGUGAAAUCUCCAAGAAUGAUAAGAUAUGGAAUAUUUAUAAUGUGAUAACUUAUAAUGUAUUGAUAAGUGUGGAAACAUGGGUCAGUGCAGCUGAUCUUCUGUUUCCUGUGGGUUUUCUUAUUAAGGGUUUUGGGUUUAUUAAGAGUUUAAAAAAAAAAAGACAUUAUGGUCCAUGUUGAGGUAUGCAUCAACAGUUAUGGGUUUACACCAAUCACAGCAAUUGCUAUAAUAUAUAUGUUCUAUUUAUUGUUCUACUUAUUGGUUUUAUAUUUAACUUUUUCUAUUGUUACAUUAUUCUAUAAAAAAAAAAAAUAUUGUUAUUUCUUAGGGCUGAGUGAAAAAAAUGGCACCUCAAGAAAAAAAAUGGCUUAAGAAUGUAGGAGGGAAAGCAGAUAGCCUUCCUGCUCCAUUGUUUGUGUUAACGAUGUUGGUUUGUUUUUGUGUUGUUUUGUGACCAAAAUGUGACAAUGACGAGGUGACGGCACACAUUAAAGACAGAAGAUGAAAGAAAACAUUUGAAAAGAGGAAUCUGACCCGGAGGGUUAUUGUUAUUAUUUUUACUCAGACUCGUCCAGCUGUAAGCGAUCAUCUCACCCAUAGUUUUAUGGAAUCACAGGUGUGUGUGCAGGUGAAGGCAGAGUUCAGAUUGAAAGGUGAGGUGAAAGUCGAGCAGAAAGAACAGAAGUGCAGUGUAGAAGUUUUAAUCUACAGUGGUAAAGAGAAAAAAAACACUCAGUAAUGAAGCUGUAAAUGCUACUGUUUAAGUAAGUGUGUCCAGAUAGAGCGGUGGAGAAGUUUUACAAAGUGUUGGAAACAUGAAAUGUCAGCUUGAAAGGCGGUGCAGAGGAGCCAGUCCAUGUCAGUUCAGAGGAUUUUAGAUAAAAGAAGACAUUACAUCCAUUUAAAGGUAAAAACCAGUGUAAACCACCCAAAAGCGUCUCCGUCUUUAAAGUGUGCUGUCAUCUCUCUGGUCUGGACCUUGUUUGUGGUUGUUCAGUCGUCAUGUCUUCCAGUCUGACCAACAACAUUUCAAUCCCCUCAGUUUUCUCUGUCUUCAGCCGCCGAGUGAGCCUUAUGGUUUAGCUCUGAAUAAGUCAAAAACUCCUACAUCCACGACUUCAAAAUCAACAUUUUUGCCAGUUAUUUUCCUUCAAAUUCAUAUCCAAAUAAACAAUAUGUGUUCAUGUCCUUGGAAGGAAGAUGUCACAUGACAUGAAUUAGAGUACAAGGGGAUGUGCUCUUAUUAGGAAUAGAAAAUUGCAUUCCAAUAUAUUUAUUUGAAUGUUUUAUUAUAAUUAUUGAUGGAUAACUUGAAUUUUCUUUUCUAUUUAAUUUAUUUGUUGUCAUUGUUUUGGAGUUUAGGAUUAAGGGGGUGUAGUUGUGUUUUAUUCUGCAGUCUUCAGAGAUUUUGUUCUGAAAAAUAAAUGCCUCCUCUUUUUUUCUUUACAAAUAUUCUAAUAUGACACAUUACCUAAUUUUCCGCUGCUCUUAAUUCCAUACGCUUUAUUCUUGCACAUCCGUUCAAUUGCUCUUAGCUAGCAAAGACGCUUUAUGGCAGAAAGAAUAAAAGGAUGGCGCCGGCCUGCAUGCUGUAGUCCUCCUCUGUCCACACUGUCAGUCCUGAGUCAACGUGGCACUCAGAAGUCUUAUGAAAAAUACUUUUCUGCCAUUGAUCAAUUGAGCCUGUCUGGCACCGCUGAAGCAGUCGAAUAGUUCAAAAAUGAGUACAAAUCCCACCCAGCUGGCGUCCUCGACAGGCUCAAGCAAACGCUCAAGAGUAUUUGGAAGGAUUUCAGCUUUGAUUUGACCCAGGUCCACGAGCAACUGAGGAGUUCUAGCUGUAUGUGCACGCUUAACGCCAAAAUCAUUAGAAACCAGAGUUCAUAAAACACCGCUUUGUAGCUUUGGCCACAGCACUUUCCUCAUCCACCACUUUUUAUAGGAUUCAGAGGAAUCUGAUUCAGCCCUGCUUUAAAGGAACAUUUGAGCUUUUUUUAUGUUUUUAAGAAAAUGAGAAUUUGAAAGCACAUCUCCCCUCCACAUACCACUGUUAGCUUUGAUGUUGCUCCGACGUGAGCUGUCAAAAACCUGGAUGACUACGUCCCAUAUGCCACAAAUGUCCGGGCUCAGGCAAAAAUAAGUCAAAUGUGGAGUGGGCUGCGAAUCACACUCACUGGGAAUUUUCAGUAAAUUGGUCAGUCUGUGAAUGUUUGAAGGGAAGAAGAAAACUCCCCUUGCAGCUUCACUAAUGUCACCGACUCCUUUUGCUUUCAAAACUAUUCCUUCAACUCUCCUUCACAGAAAAAAAAAGCAGCUGCUUUCCAGGCCCUAUCUGAGUCAAGGGUCAGAGGUCACAGGAAGCAAAUGUGUCCUGUAUUUACUGGUAGUGGAGAAGGCGGGGCUUAGUAAUCUUCAUCAAUGUGGGUUGCGUCUUAAAAACUAGGGCUGUGAAUUAGCCGUGGGCACUCUGGAGUACAGGAGAACUCUUUUUAUGAACAAACCGAGGUGGAGCUGAAAUUCAGUUCCAGCCUCAGUACAGCUUUACUAGUUCCCUCGACUUGUACGUCUGACGCUGCACCGACGGCGUUCACUCCUAAGCUGCUGCUGUUUGUACUACACAUCUAUCACUCAACAGAUCUGACUCCAGUAGUAUUUAAAUAUGUUCAAACCUUUCAAAGACCUCAGCUGCUCUGUAUAAAACUCGCCUGUUGUUAAUGAACCGACGGCAUCAGCCAGAAAUCACAAACAGUGCUCCGCCUGGCGUUUACUGCAGAUAAUAAGUGAACGGCUCGAGUAUUUGGAAGGAUUUCUGAAAAUAUUUGACCUCAUGUCUGCGACAGGAUCCCUCCCCCUCUGUUCUCUCUCUGGUACUCGUCUAUUAUCAUUAAUAACACCAACAAGCAUGAGAUGCAUUUAUUUACAACGAGCAAAGAAAAACGGCAAAUGUAAAAAAAAUAUUACCGAGUGUAUCUGAUUUUUAAUUUCAUGUCCACGUCCAUCUACUGUAGCUUUACAGUUGUGUGAGCCUUCUCUGGACAGCCGCCAGCUGUUCAGAGCAGGCCAUGUUUCCCAAAAGCGCUGUAAUACUGAAGUCAGUGGAGCAGAGAUGAUGUUGACUCUGAGACAGUGUUGGGAAACCCAGCGGAUCCGCAAAGAGUCACAGAAAAGCAGAUCAAACAGCCUUUUUCUGUCCCUCAUGCUGUCAGGAUGCAGUGCUGCUGGCCAGUGAGGCCACGAGGAUGUGAAAACAACAAAAUACCAUCAACAUGAAGCUGUUUUUUACACUGUACAUCCUUAGUAUUUUUACACAUGAAAUGUAUAUGAUAGGGAUGCACAUUAUUUUCCUUCUUACAGACAGCUUCAAUAAAGCACUAUGUCAAUCUGC